AUGGUCCACUGCGAGCGGGCUUCCAGGCCUUUGCUCCAAUGCCUACGCGGCACUUACUCUAGAGGCGUUGCUGGUGUCCAACUCCAGACGCGAGCUUUCCAGUCGACUGCCAACGUACGAGAGGCCGAGACCGAAGCGCCGAGCCAACCCUUCCACAAGGCCCCGGAUCCUUCGCUUGUGACGAGUCCCCGUCUCGAGAGACGGCUGUUGCGACAGGGAACUACCCCCAUUGGAUCCCGUCGUCGCCGUGCCGCGCUCCAGACGUCAGAAAGCAUCCCAUUCGAACAGCUGCCCUACCAAUGUUUCCAAGAAGCCCGCAAGGUUCUUCUUGCGGACCGCGAAGAGAAAUUGAAGGAAAUUGAGACAAUGCAGCAGCGCAUUGCCAGACAAGAAUCUCUUUCCGUUGAAGAAGCUGGAGGAGCCAAUGCAAAGAAGUCCCGCGUGACCGCAAUGCAAUUACACUUGGAGCGCCUCAAAAUCAUGGCUGACAUUAAUGACCCCUCGGUGAAGCGAAGGUUCGAAGAUAACGAAGGUGACAUGUCCAAGCCUAUCUACCGUUUCUUGGCCGACCGCAAAUGGCGCGAGUACCGCCGCAAGAUUCUCGUUCAACGUAUCACACAAAUGAACGUCAUUCCGGACGUUCUCCCUCACUGCGACCCGGUCGUAGAGACCAAGCUGUACUUCGACAGGCGACAGAUUCAACCCGGUGAAUUCGUCGCAGCCAAGCAGAGCACAAUUGCACCGAAGCUCGAUGUUCAGCUUUUCGAGGGUGGCGAGAAGCUUGUGACCAUUGCUGUUGUUGACUCUGAUGUCCCCAACGUCGAGAAAGACAGCUUUGAUUAUAAGACACAUUUCCUGGCCGUCAAUGUUCCCAUCUCAGCUACCUCAACUAAGGUCGACCUCGCCCAGCUUUUGGAAGACUCCCAGGUUGUUUUGCCCUGGCUCCCUCCCGUUGCCCAGAAGGGUAGCCCCUACCACCGUCUUUCCCUUUUCAUCAUGGAGCAGAAGGACUCUCAGCCUCUCGACUUUGCCGCCGUUAAGGCGAAGGAGGCUAACCGCGACAACACUCUUCUUCGCACUCUCCAGACCCGCUACCACCUCAAGGCUAUUGGUGCUCACCUGUUCCGUACCCAGUGGGACGAGACGACCCUGGAGGUCAUGAAGGAGCUUGGAUUCAAUGGCGCAGAUGUCGAGCUACGCCGCAAGAGGGUUGAGCCUCUGCCUUAUAAGAGACGCAACCCCUCCUCUUUCCGGUAA